AUGUGGAUGUGUUUUCUGUUUUAUUUUAUAUUUAUAUUUCGAAAAAAUGGAUAGCAACGAAUUAAAAAAAAAUUGGAAAUUUGCCUAGAAAAUUUUGAGAGGCAAAUGAUGCAAAAUUGUUUAAAAGAAACAUUAAACACAUGAAUUUAUUUCAAAAAAUAUAUACUUUUACGAAAGAAGAUAAGGAUAAGUUUGUGAUUGCUAUUUGUGUAUUGUUUUUUUUUUUUUUAAUUAUUUUGUUUUUGCAGAGAAAGAAAAAAUGAGGGCUGAAGAGGAAUCCAGAAACGCUUGGAGGUACAAACAAACCAAAAGCGGCCAUCAACAUCAUUCAAUAAAAGUUUACCUUCCGGUUCCCACGAGUUGAAUGAUGCAGACAUCUUAUAAAAAGUGUGUUUUUUUUGUUUAUUUAUAUAGAUUUUGUGCAAAAAACGAUAUAGAGAUAUUUAAAAUCAAAACAAUUUACGUGUUAAAAACAACAAAAACUUUAUCUGUAUAGAUUUUUUUUGAAAAAUCCAGAUAAUUAUCCAGAUUUUACUUUCUCUCGAUAAAAACAGUAGUGCCAAGCAGUUUAAUUGUUGUGUUCAUACAGAAAUAUCUGAAAAUAUUAACAAAAAAAAAGUGGAGAAAAUGAGGUUUGAAAAAAGCUAUCAUAGAAAAAAAUAAUCAAAAAUUAGUUUGACUUGGUUGCAUUGAAAUGGUAAUAUUUCGAGUUAUACGCCAUGCACUUUUCAGAUAAAAGUUUUAAAUGACUCCUAAUUGUUGAACAAAUAUAUAUAUAAAAUUACCAGAGUUUUUUCGAAAAAUUAGAAAUAAAAAAAAAGUUUACACGUUUGAUUUUUAAAAAAUCGAAAAAAAAAUCAAUAUGGCUACCUUCAAAAGCUUAUAACACAAGAACGACGCAACUUAGGUUUAUGGUCAAGGUCUUAAAAUGUAGCUAAGAAUAUACAAAUAAUUUUUGGUUUUUUGUUAAAAAAUUUUUUUCUGAACCCAACAUGGAUGGCCACAUGAAUAGUUUUGGUUUUUUUGUGAAAUUUGUUUUUUAUCCAUCAUGGAUGUAAUCCCUACUAACAAUUUUGCUUCUAUAAUGCUCUACAGAAGCAACAAUUGCAUCUGUAAAAGCUUUACCCGAUAAACAAUUUUGGUUCUAUAAAGCUUUACAGAUGCAAUUGUUGCUUCUGUAAAGCAUUAUAGAAGCAAAAUUGUUAGUAGGGUAUAUAGAACCAAAAUUGUUUGUCGGGAUAGCCAUACUACUACGGACUUAAGAAAAAAACAUGAACACGGUACAUUUUUGACAGACAGCUGCCAAAGUGUAUGUACAGUGGUGCCAAACAUUUGGAUGGAAUUCAAAAAUCCCGAUGUCGUUUUUUUUGCAAAAAUCUAUAUAGAUAAACAAAAAAACACACCUAAAAACUAUAUUAUAAACACACCCGACAAACAAUUUUGGUUCUAUAAAGCUUUACAGAUGCUAUUGUUGCUUUUGAAAAGCAUUAUAGAAGCAAAUUUGUUAGUAGGGCAUAGCACUAGAAAAAUAUACAAAAUUUUUACUUUUGUAAAUUUCGCACUUUUUCACUUUUUAGGUCAUUGUACUUAAUGGUUUAAUGCGAAAUUUUCAAUAGUAAAAUUUUUUUAUUUCUUUCUAGCUUUUUUGAUUUUGGAACAAACUUCAAAAUUUGUUUUUGAAAUCAAAAACUAAGCUUCCUGGAUCAUUAUAAUAAAUUUGACUAUAUAAAAUGGGUUUGAAAAUUUUCACUGUAAAAGUUGCCGUUUUAUUUAUACCUUUAAAGGCAUAACUAACGACCACUUUUUGCAUAACAUCAAAAAGUGAAUAUUAUCAAAGUCAUUUUGUGACAGGUUUUCAAACUCAAAAAUGAAAAAUAAUGAAACAGAAAGCUUAUCUUUUGCUUACAAAAACAAUUUUUGUAGUUUUUCCCAAAACAAAUACAUCUAGAAAGAAAAAGAACACUAUUUGAAAUGAUUUAAUUAAUCAUUUAAGCUAUUAGUUUUUGGUCUACAAAACAAUUUGUAGGCUUUUUUUCCCAAACCUAUUGCGCUAGCGAGAAAAAAUUUGUUUACUUUUAUACUUUUGUAAAAACUGCCAUUGUAAUUAAAUCUUUACUUUUUGUCUUUAAAAAUAAAACGUAGUAUUUUUUUGAAGGUAUUAGCUGCGUUCUUUUGAGAUUAUUUAUCUUCUUCUUUGUACUCAAAACUUCUUUGAACUCCUUUUUUAAUAGAGCAAAAGUAGUGCAAAGUAGAUAAAUGUUCCCAAAAGAACGCAGCUAUUUUAAAUCAAACAUACCAGAACUAACGACAUUGAACAAACCUAAAAACACAACUGAAUUUAUGUGAACACGCCUACAUAUUUCAAAGUGAAAUGAACACCCAAGCUUCAAUUUCCCCUACUUUCCAGAUUUCCAAUAAAAAAUAACGGGACAAAACGAAUCAAAGACAGUUAUAACCAUAUUCAAUUCGACCAAAACCAAGAGCGAAAGCAAACGAUCUGCAUAAAAAGAAUUUAUUUGUGAGUUAAAAAAAGAAUCAUCUUAAACUAAAAAAAAACUUGAAAAAUAAAACAAUAAAAAGACAAUAAAAAGUGUAGAAAUACCUACCUAUAUUUGUGAACAAAAUUUCAACUAAAAAAACCUAAAAAACAAUUAAAAAAAAAAAUACAUUCUUUAAGAAAAAGAAGAAAAAGAAGGGAAAAAUUCAAAGGAUUGCCAUCCAAAUAAUAUAUUCAACAUGCCUUACAAAAGAUCUCUGAACCCAAAUGCAGAAAGACGUAGAAGACAACAGGCGAAAAAGAAUUUAACGUCACCGCAAAGGCAGGAGAGAUUGUCCAACUACCGAAGGAACCGGCAAACUCGCAGAUAUGAAGAAAACAAUACCCUACUUCCUUCUACAUCCCUGCAAGGAGAAGACAUACAACAGCUAUCAACAUCAGAGCCGAUACAAGAGCAACAGCCAUCUACAUCAGAGCCGAUACAAGAGCAACAGCCAUCUACAUCAGAGCCGAUACAACAGCAACAGCCAUCUACAUCAGAGCCGAUUCAACAGCAACAGCCAUCUACAUCAGAGCCGAUACAACAGCAACAGCCAUCUACAUCUGCUUAUCACCUUUCAUCGGAGAGAAUUAGAGAAGAAAUUAAUAGAAGACGUUCUCAGGACAAAUUAGCAGUAAGUUAUUGUUGUGCAUGGAUUUUACAUAAUGACAAUGAAGUACAAACGGUAUUUGUUGGCUACAUGAAUAUUACCUGUAUUCACUGUAGCGCAAAGUUAUUUCCAUUGGAAGUAGUUAGUGGGUCUUCAAAUAUUUGCUGUCACAAGGGAAAAGUUACUUUGCCUGAGGUGACUGUUUGCGACGAACUUAGAAAUUUAAUUGAGGCAAAUAAUGAAAACACAAAAAAUUAUUUAAAUAACGUUCGACAAUAUAACAACGCACUUGCAUUUGCUUCAAUUCAAGUAAAUUAUGUAAAUUUACCUGGGAGAGGGCCAUUUUGCUUUAAAAUACAUGGCAAAAUAUAUCACUUGGCGGGCAGUUUACAAUGCUCCGUAGGGCAAACACCAUCUUAUGCAGGCCUUUUUAUUAUAGAUGCAGAACAGGCUUUAGAGCAACGUUUAUAUCAUGAAGCCAACAAAGACUGCAACAUUGAUAUAAUGAGAACUUUGCAGUCCAUGUUAGAACGUCAUAACCCUUAUGCUCAGAUGUUCAAAUUUAUGAAGGAUUCCGUUGAGGUUUCGACUGAUUUUCAGUUAACGUUUUCAACUGUCAAUGCAUUCGAUCCAAGGCGAUACAAUACUCCUCGAUCUAACGAAAUAGCAGCCAUAUUUACGAGCACUGAUGGGGCCCCUCCAGGAAAAUUUGACUUUGUCAUAUAUUCGAAGUCUUCAGGUUCACUGACCAAAAUAUCGAAUCUUAAUCCCCACUGUGAUCCUAUGUGCUAUCCAAUGCUAUUUCCAUGUGGGGAUAGUGGAUGGAGACCAGGUAUACACCAUGUAAACAUUCAUAAAACCCCCGUGAGAAAUGUUACAACUCAGUUGCAAUACUACUGUUACAGACUUUCAGUAAGAGGAGAUUUUAAUCUAAUACAUGCAUCAGGCAAGUUAUUCCAACAAUACGUAGUGGACAGUUUUGUCAAGGUGGAAGGUUCACGUAUUGCUUAUAUUAAAUCACAUCAAAAAGAACUGCGAGCAGAGAACUACAAAGGUUUGAUAGACUUCAUGAAUAGCGAUGCACAUCAAACAGGUGCUUUGGUUGGAAUCCCGGUAGUACUUCCAUCUACGUUUUUGGGGAGUCCUCGAAACAUGUUGCAAAAUUUUCAAGACGCUAUGACUAUUGUAACUCGCUUUGGUAAACCAGACAUUUUUCUAACAUUUACAUGUAACCCAAACUGGGUAGAAAUCAAAUCAGAGCUAAAACCAUAUGAAAAAAUUGAAAAUAGACCAGACUUAAUAACAAGAGUUUUUCAUUUAAAGCUCAAGUUAUUGCUUGAUGAUUUAUUUAAAGGGAAUGUUCUUGGUGUUGUUACGGCAUAUGUUUAUGUAAUCGAGUUUCAGAAGAGAGGUUUGCCCCAUGCUCAUGUUCUUUUUAUGGUCAGAGAUGAAGACAAAUUACGUGACAAGGAACGCAUAGAUGCAGUUGUUUCCUCCGAAAUUCCCGACUCGCAAAAAAAUCCACGGUUGUUCAAUAUUGUAAUGCAAUGUAUGGUUCAUGGACCAUGUGGAGUUUUAAAUAUGAAUAGUCCUUGCAUGCGUGAUGGUCAAUGUAGCAAAGGAUAUCCAAAAUCAUUUGCCAAUGAAACAAACAUGAAUGUAAAUGGGUACCCAAUUUACCGCAGAAGAGAUAAUGGACGGUCAGUUUUAGUUGGUUCUCAUGAAGUUGAUAAUCGCUGGAUUGUGCCUUAUAAUGCUUUUUUAACACUUAAAUAUCAAGCACAUAUCAAUGUAGAGAUAUGUUCAUCUGUUAGAUCGGUAAAAUAUCUCUAUAAAUACAUUUACAAAGGCCAUGAUUGUGCGUCUGUGCGUUUGCGAACUGAUAGGGAAGGGCAACAACAACUUUCUUUAAAUGAGCCUGAUCUGUUCUUAAACUGCCGUUACGUAAGUCCCCCAGAAGCGAUGUGGCGUCUUCACGAACGAUCUUUGUUCGAUCGAUCUCACACUAUCCAAAGACUACCGGUCCACUUACCCAACGAACAAAUGAUUUAUUUUGGGCCGGGACAAGAACUCCCAGUAAAUUUGAAUAGAGAAACCAAGCUUACAGCUUUUUUCAAAUUAUGCCAAUAUGACGAGACUGCUCGGGAAUAUUUUUAUCAACAAAUACCAGAGCACUACACUUGGGGAAACAGCAUGUGGAAAACGCGUCAAAGAUUUUCAAAAGCCAUAGGGAGAAUAUUCACGGUAAGUCCCAACGAUCGUGAAAGGUAUUUUCUGCGUCUGCUUCUUCUUCAUGUCAAGGGACCGCAGAGUUACGAAAACAUAAGGACAGUUGAUGGGACACUCUGUGAAACAUAUCAAGAAGCCGCAGAAAAAUUACACUUACUGGAAAAUGAUCGAGAGUGGACUCUAUGCUUGCAAGAGGCAGUAAAUAUGCAAAUGCCUUUCCAGUUACGUCAACUAUUUGCGAUAAUUUGUCUGUUUUGCUCACCAAGCAAUGUUUUACAGCUGUGGAUAACUUUUGAGCAAUUUUUGACCGAAGAUUUUUCCAAAAAAUAUAAUGCCGAAUCAAGUACUAAUCGAGCUUUGGGUGAACUGGAACUUAUAUUUCGGCAACAUGGAAGAACAUUGGAACAAUUUGGUUUACCAACACCAACUCAAAGAGUAGAACAAGAAGCAGAAGAUACCUACAACAUCGUAGAAGAAAGCGCUGUGGGUCAACUCUCUUAUGAUAAGCUCAACGUAGAGCAACGUGAAAUCGUAGAUGAAAUUUUGAUUGAUUUGCAAAGUGGGAAAGGACAUUCGUACUUUAUCGAUGGGCCAGGAGGAACCGGAAAAACAUUUCUAUACCGCACGUUGUGCUCUAUUUUACGUGGUGAGGGAAAGGUCGUUUUAUGUGUUGCCUGGACUGGAAUUGCAGCGAGUUUAUUGGAGGGUGGUCGAACCUGCCAUUCACUAUUUAAAUUGCCGGUUCCAAUUUUAGAAACCUCUGUAUCGAGCAUCCGAAGUUAUUCCAAACAAGCUGACAUUAUCCGUCAAGCUUCAUUAAUUAUUUGGGAUGAAAUCUCUAUGGUUCCUAAGGAUGCUUUACAUGUGGUUGACCGUCUGCUGAGAGAAAUAUUUAAUAAAAACGACCUUUUUGGUGGAAAGACCAUUCUCUUUGGUGGGGAUUUCAGGCAAGUUCUUCCGGUUGUAAGACACGGCAACAGAACUUCUAUUGUUGAGACCAACGUAAAGCAGUCCCCUUUGUGGUCCCAAAUUCAUAAAAGAAAACUUAAGAAGAAUAUGAGAGCAAAUGAGGAUCAAAUUUUCUGCAAGUGGUUACUACAAUUAGGAGACGGAGAUCUUCAAUUUCAAACGGACGUGUCUCCAGAAGCAGUCAAAAUUCCUAAAAGCAUUUACGUAAAUGAAAAUGAAUUUGUAUAUAAAAUUUUUAACACUAGCAUUAUUAACCAACAUAACGUAAUGAAUUUCGUCGAUCGGGCUAUUUUAUGUCCAAAAAAUGACGAUUGCGAUAAAAUCAAUAAUUUCAUAGUGAACAAUAUAGUCGAAGGCGAACCAAAAACGUAUUUUAGCAAUGACUCACUGAUUUCCGAGGAUCAAGCCGAUGAACAACUUUAUACCGUUGAAUUUUUGAACAGCAUAAGUCAUUCUGGCCUUCCACCUCACGAACUGGUAUUAAAAAAGAACACAACAAUAAUGCUAAUAAGGAAUCUUAACGCUCGGGAAGGCUUAAUAAAUGGGGCAAGGAUGGUUAUCACUCGAUUGGGUGAAUUCACUUUAACAGCGAGACUAUUAAAUAACCAAAAAACGGUACUAAUUCCUAGAAUAUCUUUAACUCCUUCUGAUGCUACGAUGCCGUUCAGUAUGAUCAGGAAACAGUUUCCUGUCAAAAUUUCCUAUGCAAUGACCAUCAACAAAUCGCAAGGUCAAACGCUUCAAAGGGCGGGAUUAUACUUGCCCAAUCCUGUUUUUUGCCAUGGGCAACUUUAUGUAGCUUUUUCGAGGGUUCAGUCAUUUUCCAAUAUUUGUGUAUGGUUGAAGGAAACAGAGAAGCAAAUUGUUAAAGAUGACUGCAUAAUAACUUCAAAUAUCGUAUUUAAAGAAGUUCUAUAAAUUAUGAAAAUUAUGAAAUGAAAACAAGUCCAAAUAAAUUUCAAUUAUUUAUUAUAAUGAAAAUGAUGAAUGUAAUAAGUGAACCUUUACAUUAAUAAGAAAUUUUUAAAAUAUCUUUUAUUAAAAAUAACAUAUCUGAAACAAAACAAUCAAUUACUAUGUAAAAAAACUAUUUUUAAAAUGACAAAACUGAAAAUAAGUAUGCGCACCUGUACAUUACAAAGAAGUUAAAAAAAUCUAUUGUUUUAAAGAUAAAAGCUGGAAAUAAAACAAUCAUUUACUAUGUAAAAAAAAUCUAUUAUUUUUAAAAUGACAAAAAAAUAUGUGCACCUUCACAUUAUUAAGAAAUAAAAAAAAAUCUAUUAUUUAAAAAAUAAAAAAGGAAAAUAAAACAAUCAUUUACUAUGUACAAAAAUCUAUAAUUUUUAAAAUGACAAAACUGAAAAUAUAUACAUAUGUGCACCUGUACAAUAAUAAGAAAUUAAAAAAAUCUAUAUUUUAAAAACAAAUAUCUGAAAAUAAAAUCAUUUACCAUGUAAAACAAUGUAUUAGUUUUAAAAUGACAAAAUGGAAAAUAAAAUUAUAAUAAUUAUGUG